GGUUUCGAAAGAUAUUUCCAUCAAGAUUAAAUGUUCCAACGAGGCGGCUUUCACUCUAACAAUUGACCCUCAAACCGACACAGUUCUUGAUUUGAAAAAUAAAAUCACUGCUCAUUUACUUCAAUCUGAAGGUUCUACGAAUGUAUCUGCUGAAACCAUGCGCCUCAUCUAUUCUGGAAAAGUACUUAAAGAUCCUGACAUGUUGUCUGUCUACAAAGUUUCUGACUCUGCCACUCUACACAUGGUAAGAGGCAGCAGACCUCCAGGAACUGUUUCUCCUUCUGCUGCUGGAACUCCUUCUACGCCAACUCCUACUCAGCCAUCCACUAAUGCUUUUGCAACCACUCCAACAGAUCAGCCCGGAUCUCGCACUGCGCCAUUAGGUAAUCCAUUUGCUGCCAACGCUGGUGCCAAUCCAUUUGCUGCUUUUGGAGGCGGCAGUAUGCCUGGUAUGCCUGGAAUGCCUGGAAUGGAUUCGAUGAUGCAAGAUCCAGCAAUGAUGGGAAUGCUCAGUCAAAUGAUGGCCAACCCCCAAAUCAUGGAAUCAUUAAUCUCCAUGAAUCCACAACUUGCUGGCAUGAUGACUCCUGAAAUGCGUCAGAUCAUGCAAAGCGAUCAGUUUAGAUCCAUGGUAUCGAACCCACAAGUCAUGCAACAGAUGAUGCAAAUGAGUGCUAAUAUGGGCGGUAUGCAAGGCAUGGGCGGAAAUCCUUUUGGAAUGCAUGGACAAUCACAACCAGCAUCGACAACUGCCAUGGGUGAUCGUUCUACCCCCAGUUCAACCCAACCCAAUCCUACCACGUUCCCUCCACUUCCUAUGUUUAACCCUGGAAUGAUGCAAAUGUUGAUGGGCGGUCAAAGUGGUGCAAAUGUUACACCUGGACAACCAACGCGUCCACCAGAAGAAGUUUAUCAAGUUCAACUUCGUCAACUUCAAGAUAUGGGAUUUUACAGUCCAUCAGAGAAUGUACGAGCACUCACACUUACUGGCGGUAAUGUGGAAGCCGCCAUUGAAUGGCUGUUUUCUCACCCUCCUGGUACUCAAUAGCUUAUCCACUUAUUUACCAGCUUGAAUUUGCAAAUAUACAGUGAUUUCUGCUUUUGUUUUUGUUUUAUAUCAGUUGCAAUGGUUCAAGGCUACUGGCUAAUCCAGAAACUAUUUUGCUCAACAAUCAUUCAUUUGGCUCUUAUUUUUCAAACUAAAAUAGUUGUAAAAAUAACAGCAGAAUCACUGGAUGAAUAUACAUUGUAUAAAUGUAGCUGAUCGUAAACAAACCUUGAUCUAAGCUUCAUUAGUGUGAUUAAACAAGUCUAAACAGUCUAGAUGUC